AGAAAGCUAAACCAAAAGCCAAGAAGAAGGAAGAACCAAGUUCUAUUUUCCAAAGGCAACGGGUAGAUGCUUUGCUUUUAGACCUAAGACAAAAGUUUCCACCCAGAUUUGUUCAGCAAAAGCCUGGAGAAAAGCCUAUCCCAGUGGAUCAAAUCAAGAAGGAACCAGAACCAGCCCCUGAAGCUGUCAAGCCAGAGGAAAAAGAGACUGUAAAGAAUGCUCAGCAGAGUGCUGGCGCUAAAGGACCACCUGAAAAACGGAUGAGACUCCAGUGAGAGGACAAGUUGUUACACGUCUGGAUUAGUCAGUACCUGGAAAGCGGGAGAUUCUUGCUCCCCUUUAUUUAUAUUUAAGCUCUUCAACUAGACUGACGAUUCAGGGACUGAAGUCCCCGUAACAGCUUUUUCUGUAUAAACCUGUCACGCAAACGUUAAUGUCAGGAUGUGAGCUGCCUCAAAGAGGUUUUCAGCCUUCAUCUUAUUUUGAACGUUGGCUUCUGAGAAUCGUUUUUUAAAUGGAUGUAUUUUGCAGCCUCUUGAAAUCUUUACAAACUCUUGCAUCCCUUGUGUCUUAGUUUCCUAUGUAAAAGCAAAACUUUUAUAUGUUAAAAAAAUAAAUCUGAGUUCUUGGUAAAUAAAACCUGCUGGAA